AUUGUCGCGGGUUCAGUGCCGCCAGUGGAACCGGGAGAUGCGGCGCAGGAGCUGUCGCUGUGUUUGCCUUCACCUCAGUCUCGUCUCUUACUCUGAUUCCCUCUGCGACUUGGAUCAUGUUGUUACCCUCGGACGUGGCCCGGCUGGUAUUAGGUUACUUGCAACAAGAAAACCUCACUUCUACCUGCCAGACCUUUAUUUUGGAAAGUUCAAAUUUAAAAGAGUAUGCAGAACACUGUACAGAUGAAGGUUUUAUCCCAGCCUGCUUACUGUCCUUAUUUGGAAAAAACUUGACAACAAUUUUGAACGAAUAUGUAGCUAUGAAAGCAAAAGAAACAUCAAAUGAUGUCCCAGCAAUAAUGUCAUCUCUGUGGAAGAAGUUAGACCACACACUUUCCCAGAUCAGGAGCAUGCAGAGUUCCCCAGGAUUUGCUGCCAAUCAGAGAGCCCGAACAAGAAAUGGAAUUGCAGAAAUCAAACGACAGAGAAGGCUUGCCUCUCAAACAGCUCCCGUCAGUUCAGAGUUACUGACUUUACCUUAUGUUUCAGGACAAUUUACCACUUCUCCUUUGACAGCUACACAAACUAUUAGACCAGCUAGCCAGAUUUCAACUCCAAUGAGGUCAAAUAUUGUAGUGGUCAACCAUACACAGUCACAAGAUACUGUAACUACUGGAGAGACUUUAAAUAUCAUUCCUGGCCCUCAGGAAAGGAAAGCUCAUGCAAGUUUAAUGUCUCCCGGUAGACGUAAAAGUGAAUCUCAAAGGAAAAGUGUCACUUUGUCAGGGCCUCAUUCAACGAUACGGAAUUUCCAGGAUCCAAAUGCAUUUGCAGUAGAAAAACAAAUGGUUAUUGAAAAUGCACGAGAAAAAAUAUUAAGCAACAAAUCUCUUCAAGAAAAGCUAGCAGAAAACAUUAAUAAGUUUUUGACUAAUGAUAAUAUUGCUCAAGUACCUAAACAAACAGAUAGCAACCCUACUGAGCCAGAGACGUCAAUUGAUGAACUCCUUGGACUUCCGAGUGAAAUCCAUAUGUCCGAAGAAGCUAUUCAGGAUAUAUUGGAACAGACAGAAUCAGACCCAGCAUUUCAGGCACUCUUUGAUCUCUUUGACUAUGGUAAAAUAAAGACUAAUAAAAGUAUGUCACAAAGUAUUACAAGUCAGCAUAUAGAGACCAAUUCCAAUAUAGUCUUAACAGAAGAAACUAAUUUAGCAGUUAAAAGUUCAUUUGAAACAGAAUCUGAUGGUCAACCUGGUCAGCCCCCAUUUUGUACAUCUUAUCAAAAUGAAGAUGCAUUAAAUGCUUUGAAGAAUGGCAGCAACCACGAUGUGCUUAGACAGGAAGCCCAGGAAAAUUUUUCCCAAAUAGGCUCUAAUAUCCAGAAAAAGCCCUUUAAAACUGCUGUACCUCCUGAACAGAAGUGUAACCUUGACAUUACCUUUGAAUCUGUGCCUAAUUUGAAUGAUUUUAACCAAAGAGGAAAUUCUGAUGCUGAAUGUAAUCAAGAUUGUGCUGAAUUAUAUACAAGUCAUAUGCCCAGUGAAACUGAAAUGGUUAUAGAGGUUGAAAAGAAUUCUUUGUCUCCCAAUGUUACAAAUGAAUCUCAGUUACAGUCUGAUCAACCUGAUAUACCCAUAACUUCAUUCGUCUCACUUGGUAGCGAAACUAACAAUGAAAACAUAAUUCUGUCUGGGAAAAGUUCUCAACUUUUGUCCCAGAAUACUCCAUUAACUGGAAAGCCGUCUAAACAAAGUCAAUUUUGUGACAGUUCUAAUAAUACAGUAAAACUUAAAACUAAUUUCCAUGGUUCCAAGUCACCAGAUUCUAGUGAAAUUCACAAAAGUAAAAUUGAAAUUAAUAAUAUAGCAGUUGUUUCACAACUAUCAGAUUGCCAGGAUAAUUCUUCUCUUCAAAGUAAAAUAUUACCUGUGUCUAUUGAAAGUUCAAGUUUAAAUGUAUCUGGACAACAAGUAGAAAUUUGUCUUGAAGAUUCAGUCUCUUCAAUUAAACAACCAUCAAAUGAUUCAACAUCUAUUGAAUUAAAUCAUCUGGAAGGUGAAACUAAGACACACAAGUCUGAAAAAGUUAUUUUGGAUUCACAAGAGCCUUCAUCUUCUGUGAAAGAUGAUGGUGAUGCUGUUUUUCUCUCUUUGAGUGGAAGUGAGAACUGUGGGGAAGUUGCACUGAUGCCCCCAGAAGAUAAUCCUAUAAAAAAUAGUCACUCUCUUCCUUUAGAAUCUGGAUGUUCUUCAGUGGGAAAUUCUCACCCUGAAUCCCAAGAUACUGAUGAUAAACCUUCUAGUGACAACUCAACAGAGAUGGAUACAUCAAAUAUCGUCUCUCUCAAAAUUAUCAUUAGUGAUGAUCCAUUUGUUUCCUCAGAUACAGAACUUAACAGUGCUGUAUCUAGUAUCAGUGGAGAAAACUUACCAACUAUAAUUUUGUCUUCUCCUGCUAAAUCCCCUGCCAAAAAUGCAGAAUUAGUUAAAUGUCUAUCUUCAGAAGAAACUGCAGGUACUGUUGUAUCUGCUGAAGCAGGGAAUUCAGCUUCAACAGAACAAAGCCUUUUAGCAGUCAAACCUGAGGACUCCUUAGUAAACAGCACUCAGAAUGAAGAUGGCAUUGCCUUUUCCACCAAUGUUACACAGUGUGUUUCCAAAGAUGGAGGAUACAUACAGUUGAUGCCAGCCACCAGCACAACUUUUGGCAACUCAAAUAACAUUCUUAUAGCUACAUGUGUAACUGAUCCAACCACAGCCUUGGGAACAACUGUCAGUCAGUCUAAUGUAAUGGUAUUGCCUGGAAAUUCUGCACCUAUAGCUGCCCAACCUCCACCACCUCAGUUACAGACACCACCAAGGUCAAACAAUGUAUUUGCUGUCAAUCAAGCUGUGUCACCAAACUUUUCACAAGGUUCUGCCAUCAUAAUUGCUUCUCCUGUCCAACCUGUACUCCAAGGAAUGGUGGGAAUGAUCCCUGUAUCUGUAGUUGGACAGAAUGGAAAUACCUUUUCUGCUUCUCCUCAACAGGUCCUUCAUAUGCCUUUAGCAGCACCUGUAUGCAAUAGAAGUAUCCCUCAAUUCCCCGUUCCUCCAAAAUCUCAGAAGACUCAGGGACUAAGAAACAAGCCUUGUACAGGAAAACCGGUAAAUAAUUUGGCAGAUUUAUCAACUCAUUCAGUUGGAUGUCAUGCACAAAGAAUUGAAGUUUCUGACAAGAAUAUGACCACAGAACUCGGGAAAAAAAUGGAAGAAACCACAGUUCCCUUCACAGUAGAGAGUAUCGUUCCAAGUAGCAAACCUUUUGAAAGCCACAGACGUGUGCUCUGUUUUGAUAGUGCUGCUUCUCCUAUGACAAAUACACAGGGGCCUAAUCACAAGUUGGUGUCCCAAGACAAAGAAAGGAAUGAAACUUCCUUUCCUCAUCUUGACUUACCUAUUGUGUCCUCUACCUUAAAACCCCCUUCUAAUAAUGCUACCAAAAAAGAAAGAGAGAAAACUCCUAUGCCCAAGAUUUUAUCUAAAUCAGAAAUUGCAGUUAGCCGGCAUACCACCAUAAGAGAAACUCAGUCAGAAAAGAAAGUUUCACCAGCAGAGAUGGUACUUGAAUCUUUCCAUAAAGCAACAGCUAAUAAGGAAAAUGAAUUAUGUAGUGAUGUAGAGAGACAGAAAAAUCCAGAAGCUUCAAAAUUAUCUGUCGGACAGCAAAAUGGGAGUUUACGGAAUGAGAAGACUAUAGCUUCUCUGCAAGAAUUGACCAAAAAACAAGCUACAUCCACAAACAGUAAAAGUGUCAUUUCAGUGGGUACAGCCGUAAAGGAUCUGAAACAAGAACAAACUAAAUCUGCAUCUUCCUUGAUUACCACAGAAAUAUUACAAGAUGUUCAGUUGCAUAGCCCAGUAAAUAGGCUAGCUGAUAGUAGUGAUUUACCUGUACCCCGGACACCUGGCUCAGGAACAGGGGAAAAACAUAAAGAAGAACCUACAGAUGGUAUCAAAGCCCCCUCUAGCAGGCGUUUUGGUGAAGACAGUAGCAUACCCAAAGUAAUGAUCCCGCCUGUAACUCCAGACUUGCCUGCCUGCAGCCCUGCCAGUGAAACAGGCAGUGAGAACAGCGUAAACAUGGCUGCCCAUACGCUAAUGAUUCUCUCCAGAGCAGCCAUCUCUAGGACUAGUUCUGCAACUCCUUUGAAAGAUAACACACAACAAUUUAGAACAUCUUCAAGAAGCACCACAAAAAAGCGGAAGAUUGAGGAAUUAGAUGAGCGGGAGCGAAACUCCCGUUCUUCUAGUAAAAAUCUUACAAACUCAUCAAUACCAAUGAAAAAGAAGAAGAUUAAGAAAAAGAAGCUACCUUGUUCCUUUCCAGCAGGAAUGGAUGUGGACAAAUUUUUAUUAUCAUUGCAUUAUGAUGAGUAAACAUUCCAAAAAUGUAAGAACUAAAGUAGCUGUUUAAAACUUAUAUCCCUCAAACUCUUGAGUGUAGGGAAUGGGAUAUUGACAGAAUCUGAAAGCAUGACCUGCACUUUCAUUGUACUGAAAUUUCACUUUAUAUCUAAAUCAUGCUGUUUCUGAAGCAGCUUCCUAGUUUGUAAAUAGACUUACUUGGUAUAUUUUUAUUUUAGAAAAAACCAUUUGCAGAAAUGUAAGUAAAGCCAAUCUGCAAAACUGUAUAGCUUUGACCGUUGCAUAUUGUAAAUAUUCUGUAAAUCUGGUUAAAAAUAGAGGUUAAAAUAGCCUAAUGUUCUUACACUGUGUUUUUUUGACUUCUUAUGAUCCUCCCUGAGGCUUAUUCAUCUGGAACAGUUUCUCAUUUCUUUUGGAGGAAAAUGAUGCUUAUCCUUAUAAAUUGCCUUCAUUAAUUCUUAGGACAUUUAAAUACAUAGCCACUCAGUACAAAAAAUGAUAACCACCUCAAUUAGUAGUAAAGUAUCUAAUCAGAAAUCAAUAGUUUGAAUUUAUUCUACAGUCAGUACUUUACCACCCCUUCUCAUUAUUGCAGUUAAAACUAUAUUACUGAGAUUUUAUACUUUAUUUCUUCUAGUCAUUCUGUUCUCUUUGUUUUAAAGAGAGAAUUUUGUAAACCAUUUAUUGAGUGUUCUGAUCUUUCAUUUAUAACUUCUAAGAUCUUUUUCAGAACCUUAUGAGUGGUUAGACUAUUGAGCCAUAAAAAGUUGAGUUUUGUAGUAGUUGAGAUUUCUUGGCAUAUAUAAACUUUUCCCCUAAGCACUGGGGAUAUAAAGAAUUGCACUAAUUCAUGUAACUCUCCACAUAAUAGUGACCAAUGCACAUUUUAAUUUAAUCUUGUAUUCUAUGUUAAAGUUUGUGUGGAGGUUGAUCUUCUGGUGUCCUUUUAGAAAGUCAUGUCCAUCAUAAGAUGUAAAAAGAAAAAUCAUAGUUUUAUAUUUUAAUUUAGUUUCUCCCAAAAUGGGGUGUGUUAAAUAACUAUAUCUAUACUUAGAUAUAGUGCACUGUCUGUGUGUCCCUUAUAAAAUGUUAUAGUUACUCUCAAAAGGUCCUUAAGGAGAGUGAGAGAGGUGCCUUCUCUGUAUUGGACUUACACAAUAGUCAAGUUGAAGAACUGGUUUAAACUUAUAAAUGAUAACAGAACUUAUAAUUGAUACCUAACCAACUGUGCCUAGAUAUUAAAGUAUGUUCUCUUAAAUGCUUUCUGUUUAAUUAUCAGUAUAUUAGGAUUUUUUUUUUUUCCUAUAGGUGUAUAUUUUGUUAAAAAGUCACUUUACUCAACCAUUUUUUUGUACUGGACCUUUUAAAAAAUAAAUCCAUCCUACUCUAACAUAACAGUUUUCAAUGUAGAAAUCAUGUCUUCUUAAUUUUGCUGGACUUUACUGCAGAAAUUUCUUUUGUAACAAAUUUUUAUGAUACUACAAUGGUCUAUUCCUAAAGAAAUAAAUAUCAUACAGUUAAUGUUUAACUCAAUUUGACACUGUACUACAGUUAGGUUUAAAUAAAUCAUUUCAUGAACUUCACAAGUUUGAGUUACUU